UAGUUUUCUAUGGUUGUAAUAUUUAAAACGGGUGGCAUUUUCAGUCAGGCACUGUUGAACAUCCUACAUCUACGUGCAGCCCUGAAAUAAACUUGGUGAUGUUGAGUUGGCAGUUUGGCUGCAUUGUGAAUUUGUUUUUAUGCAGUCUCGUAUUAAAAACUGUCUUGUUAAUGAGUAUUUUAAAUGUAGGCACACCAUGAGAUAGUUAGCUAUCCCUCUUGGGCUUUGUUGUCACGUAGCGUACAGUAAAUUUUCAUUUUGGGGCAACGCGUAACGUUUUAGCCAACUUUUUUUUGCUAAUUUGUAUUUUUUACGACGUUGUUUUGAUUUUUAUUUGCUCUUUGGAGGAUAAAUGCAACUGUUGUCAUGACACUGAGGAGAGUAAACGUGGUUAUCCUUAUACUACUGGCUGUUGCCUUCUUGAUCAUAGUUCAACGAAAUCUUCUCAACCUCAGCGACUUCUUACACAAAGAAAAUGCAGAUGCCAGAAUGAUUCUUCCCUUUGAGUCAGAGUUGUCUCCAAAUACUAGACUCGAUCUGGACAGGAAAGGGGAGGAAAUCCCGGCUCUCAUCACUGCUUCAGAGGACAGACUUGGAGCUGUGAUUGCUGCAAUGAACAGUGUUUACCAGAACAGCAAAGCCAAUGUGAUCUUCACCAUUGUGACCACAAAUGACACAGCCGAUCAUCUCAAGUUGUGGCUGAGUCGGACAAAAUUAAAGAAUGUCAAACAUAAAAUCAUUGUUUUUAACCCAGACCUUCUCAGCGGGAAGAUAUCAAAAGAUCCAAAGGUGGCAGAGAGUUCCACACCGUUGACUUUUGCUAGGUUUUACCUGCCUUUAUUCAUACCUGAAGCAGAAAAGGCCAUCUACUUGGAUGAUGAUGUCAUUGUGCAAGGAGACAUUCAAGAGCUGUAUGAGACCAACCUGAAAGCAGGACAUGCAGCUGCCUUCUCUGAUGACUGUGACUCCACAUUGGCUAAGGGCAUCAUUAGAGGAGCUGGGAACCAGAACAACUAUAUAGGUUUCCUCGACUUUAAGAAGGAAGCGAUUAAGAAACUUGGGAUGAGGGCCAAUACUUGCUCGUUUAACCCGGGGGUCGUUAUCGCAAACCUGACGGAAUGGAAGAACCAAAACAUCACCCAGCAGCUGGAGCACUGGAUGGAGCUCAACAUUCAGGAGGAUCUGUACAGUAAAACUCUCGCAGAAAGCAUCACUACUCCUCCACUCCUCAUUGUUUUUUAUAAACAUCACUCCUCCAUCGACCCUUUGUGGCACGUGAGACACCUUGGUACCACAGGUGCUGGAAACCGCUAUUCCCCCCAGUUUGUGAGAGCUGCCAAACUCCUCCAUUGGAACGGACAUUAUAAGCCCUGGGGGAGAGUGUCCUCCUUCCCUGAAGUGUGGGACAGAUGGUUCAUUCCCGACCCCACAGGAAAGUUUCAUCCUGUAAGAAGGCUCCAGGAACCCUUGGACCAACUCCGUCCCAGCCUCAAGAGUAGGGUUGGGCAUUAAGCAUAGAGUAUUAAUUGGAAUCGGGACUAAUUUUGAUUCCCUGUCUGAUCAAUGCCUUUCAGAGGCGAUCGUGCCGCCUGUCUGUCACUCCUACUUUGUAGCUGGCAGAGACCUGAGUGCAGCAUCGCAUCCCCUCUCAGAGAGGAACUAAGGUCUUAAUUCUUGAUUUGUCAUGUUUUGGAUCUGUGGACAUUCUUACAUUACCAUGAAAACAGAUAUGGUCUUUUAAUUAUUUUCCGUCACUUGCUAAUGUUUAUUAAAAUUAUGAUGAACCACUGAAAGGAAACAUUUUUACGAUCAGUUGCUUUAAAAACACGUUUUCAUCGUGUACGCCAGAGUUUUACCUUCACUGGCUGUUCUGAAACAGGGUUCUGAAACCUUUUGUGUUUACAAUUCUGUCUUCUAAAGGAUUUUUUAUAGUGAUUAAAAAAGCCUUUUCAAAAUUUGAGCUCAAACACAGAUGGUUAUUUUUGGAUACUGGUGUUCAACUUUAACCUCUAUUAUUACUUCAUCUUAGCUGCAGUGGAAAGAUGAUCUUGUCAUUAUUCCCAUGAGCAGCAGCCUUCAUGACUUCUCAAAACCCACAAACGGAAGGAUUUGGAUUUUUAAAACAAGCUUUGAAACGUUUAAUGGAAACACACUACAGUUUUAAAUAGAUUCAAUCCUCUUAGAGAAGAAAAUUUACAGAAAAACAAAAUGUUUACUUCAGGAACAUUUUCUAUCGCUUCAGGUUGUCAGUAAAGGUGUUUCGUGUUUGUGUGAUGAUGGUAAAUAAUUUCAUAUUUUAAUUUAGCAAAAGUUUCCGUAAGUCUAACCCUGAUCCAAGUCAUCAUACGCUUUGUUGUUGAACAGUGGAUUUGAACCUUGAGCACACCAUUACCCAAACCUCACUGCGGCGAACACUAAACACUAGCAAAAAUGUCACAUGCAGUCUUUUUUUACAUGGUCUUGCUGUUGUAAAUGUUUUUGUACAAUAAAGCAAUUUAAAAGGUU